GAAAGCUGCUUGAAAGUUGACUUUGUCCAUGUUGACCUAGUCAAAGUGGAGGGAAAGAACGUAAAAUGAUGUAAAAAUGAAAGAAAAAAAAAAGCGUGUGGAGACUGUGUGACCUCACCUUGAUGAUCGAAGAGAGACAGUUUCGAUAUGGCAGGCCUAUGCGGCCGUUCAAUUUGUUCUCGCGUGUUUCAAUCCCUACCAUUGCCGUACAUGUUCAUAGCGCGGCCAAUCUUGCAGAGGUCGCAUUGCAUUCGGCCAGCCUAUAGUCAAGUCCCUAAAAUAAUACUAUUACCACGACGAACCCAUUACACCCACCAUCACGGUCAUGACCAUGGCCAUGCUCAUGCUCAGUUAAUGCAAACUAUUGCUGAAUCAGGGAAAAGAGGAACUCGCAUCACCGUCAUUGGACUCGCCGCUAACGUUGGUUUGACGGUAUCGAAAGGUGUAGCUGGAUGGAUGUUGAAUUCAGCGUCCCUUCUUGCUGACGCUGGCCACUCUCUUAGCGACAUGCUAAGUGAUUUUGUAACGUUAUACACGUACAAGAGGUCAAGAAAGCCUGCAGAUGCACUCUACCCAUAUGGAUAUGGAAAAUUUGAGACUGUGGGCUCACUAGCAGUAUCUACCCUACUGAUUGGUGGAGCCAUCGGUAUAGGAUGGCAUUCAUUCGACUUAAUGAUGGGUGUCGUCCAAUCCUCUGGAGUUCAAGAAACUGCUUCGGCUGUUGUCGCCACCGCAUCCGACCCCAGUACGUCCCCAGCCUCACCUGUAGCACAACAAGUAGCUUCUAUCUCCGACCAUCAUGGACACACCUUGAAUCCUAACGCAGCAUGGUUUGCUCUAAUAAGCAUUGUAGUGAAGGAAUGGCUCUAUCGUGCUACUAUCAAAGUGGGCCGAGAGGAAAAGAGUGAUGUACUCAUAGCAAAUGCAUGGCACCAUCGAUCAGAUGCAUUUUCCAGUGUAGUCGCACUUGCAGCUAUUGGCGGUAGCUAUGCCGGGAUACCCAUUCUGGACCCGUUGGGUGGAUUGGCAGUGUCCGCUUUGAUUUUAAAGACGGGAGGAGACAUCAUGGCCAGCUCUUUGAAAGAGCUAUGCGAUGCCAGUAUUGACCAAGACAUUUUAGACCAAGUAGAAAAAACCAUAUUACAACUCAAGACAAACAAGCCAGAUAUUGUAGACUAUCAAUCAUUACGAGGACGCAAGACGGGUCCUUUUUACCUUAUGGAUAUGACCCUCCAUGUAAAUCCAAAGCUGACGGUGGUUCAAGCGCAUGCGUUAGAAGAAGAAGUCAGGCAAUCCAUUCAACACACUUGUCCUGAAGUCAAGGAAAUCAUGAUACAUGUUCAUGCUGAAAAACAACAUCACCCAACUUUGUAAUGAAAAGAGGCGGUCCAUUUUUGGACAGGUCACACGAUAAUGUUCAACGUAAACAGAUAAAUUCAACAUGUUUCAUUGCAAUGGAUAGAGUGGGCGAUAAGGUGAAUGGAAGGAAGGAAACGAUGGGUUUAAUUAUAGUCAGUCAGUGUGUGAACUGACUUGGCUGUGG